GUCCAUUGCAGCCAAGAACUGGAGAACUGGAAUCAUCUCGAGCCAAAAGAAAGAUAUCUACAGAUUUCUUCCCCCGCAUCAUCCGACUGGACUGACCAUUGUAUCGACAGAGUGACUUCGUUCAAUACAAAACCAUGGACUUGCCGGGUUAACCACGUUAUUCUUAGGUUCUUGGCUCUUAUUGUUUCUUGUGGUUUUCUAUCAUUGUCUCUAGCGCACUGUGACCGCGUCCCUACGCUGAAACAAUGGUCGUGUUUGUGGAUUUAGAGAACGAUGGGCUCGACCAGGACCACUUCGUGGAGAACCCACACGCUCUAUUCCAUCCAUUUCCUGGGUCCAAAAAUCCAGCAGUGGGCUACGCCUACUCCACUUCUGCAGCGGAGCAUACGGAUCGGGCACUCGAAUCUCCAGAGUCCCGGGCUAUGGCAGACCAACCGGCUCUGAACCAGAGCAGCUUUGCAGCUGCUCUCAGCUGCUAUCCGAUCGUCAAGGAGAUUGCCCGUGCGGUGGACUCGAAUACCAUGCACGCACUCUCCCGGACAUGUCGUCGAUUUCACGCGAGUCUGGGCCCGUACCGCCAACAGCUGUCCAAUAUGACUCUGCGCUGCGAAAACGAACGCAUGGAGACGACAUUGGACGUCGAUCCCCAGGUGAGGGUGGCGGCCGGUUCGGCCGGUCUCAGACGCGGCAAGUGUGCUCGGGAUAUGGUGGCCGAGUGUCGAAAGUGCUCGAAGGUCGUUUGUCGGAACUGCGCCGCCAAACCGGCCACGAACAUCAUGCUCAAAAGACGCAUCCGGCGUCUCUGCACGACCUGUCUCACGGCCCCGCUACCGCAACUUCAACCACCGGCCUCCUCAUGUUCCACGCAAUCGGCCGUUCAGCGCAACAUCUGCACCUGCAAAGUCUCCAUAUGGCUCUGCCAACCAUGCGGCCGGCGGCUGAGCAGCGACGGUCUCAUCUACCGGCAGAUGUGGAGCUGGCGCGUCGGGACAUGCGUUAGUGGGGAAUGGCAAGGAUUGAGGUGUUGGCGAGGCAAACACUGUCUGGCGGCGCAGGACGUCGAACUGGGGAUGGGGUGCGACUCGCACGACUCGCUCACCGGCCUUAUGAUUCCAUCCCACGGUCGAAACGUUGCAGACUCACCCAACGAGGAAUCGUGGGAGCACUUCCGGCAGGACACCGUCGGGAUCCGCCUUCGCCUUUUGGCGUCUUACGGCGAGGAAGGGGCGGAGGACCUCCUGCGGCACAUCUUUGAGCACGGCGGGCCCAUCGAUCACACGGCGAAGAAAAAGCGCAUGACGGUGGGGGCAUACGCCAAGGAUCACGAGGAUGAGCGCCGAACGGGCGAAUAUCUCAUGCGGGAGGAGGCAGAUCUGGACCGCGCAUGGUGCAACUGGUGCUCGCGAGUGAUUCCAUCACAGCAGGAUUUGAAUUGUCUAUAGGGACUUUGGGCAAAAUAACGUAUGUUAACUACUUCCUGCAGGGCACUUUGAUAAUAUUACCUAAUUUAUUAACACAUUGAAUGUAU